GAAGUCACUUCCGGGCUGGGGUGUUUGUUUGGACUGGAGAAGAGAGGCGGCGAGCGAAGCGCUCGUCGAGCGGGGGAGCGGCGCUACCUGUAGAGAUCCGCGGAGGCCGACAGGAUUCGUUGGCUGCCGUCCCCGCUGCCGUGCACUGGGUUAAAAACGACAACAGACGCCAACCAUGAAAGAUCCAAGUCGCAGCAGUACUAGCCCAAGCAUCAUCAAUGAAGACGUGAUUAUUAACGGUCAUUCUCAUGAAGAUGACAAUCCAUUUGCAGAGUACAUGUGGAUGGAAAAUGAAGAAGAAUUCAACAGACAAAUAGAAGAGGAGUUAUGGGAAGAAGAAUUUAUUGAACGCUGCUUCCAAGAAAUGCUGGAAGAGGAAGAAGAGCAUGAGUGGUUUAUUCCAGCUCGAGAUCUCCCACAAACUAUGGACCAAAUCCAAGACCAAUUUAAUGACCUUGUUAUCAGUGAUGGCUCUUCUCUGGAAGAUCUUGUGGUAAACUGUUACUUUUUCAUCUUUUUAAAACCUAGCAUAUCUUUCCCAUAAGUGGAAAAGUCAGCUAAGAAGAGUUCUGCAUCUCUUUCCUCUUCACAUAUUUUGCUACUGCUUACAGUGGAAGCAGAGGUAUUCCAGUCUCACUUAUGACAUGGAGUGACUUCUGGCAAUACUGUGGAACUAGUCUUAGACCACUGUCAUACUUCUUGCCACUGUUUUUAGUGAUGUUGCCCUAAGAUACUUAAAUGUCUUAAAGAAUUAAAAAAAGACAAACCCACAAUAUUACCAUGUUACUUGCCUUUACAAAAGUAGCUUUGUGGAGAACUUUUGCUCUUUAAUCUUAUCCUAAACAUUUGGUGAAAAUAUAUUUUGCAUAUUUUUUACCUU